UCUUCUAUGAUCUUCCUAAUUUUCGGACACCAAAUCUAAAUCCGAAUCCUCGUGCCCGAUUUUUUCGCCAAAAUACAACAUCGCCGAUUCAUCGCUCAUCAUCACUGCCACUGCUUCUUCUUCUCUGUUUGGUGGUUGAAAAAUGGAAAGCUAAAGCGGAAACCAAGCAAAAAAAAAAAAAAGAGUGAAGACUGAAGAGUGAAUAUCCACCUUUGUAUAUAUAUAAGUUUUAACAUAUUAAGGAGUAAAAAAGAAAGAUGUUUACGUGCAUUGCGUGUACGAAGACGGAUGAUAAGGAUGAAGAAGGAGGAGCUCGUGAGAGUGGCACGCCGAGUACAAAAGAAGCCGUCAAAAGCCUGACCACGCAGAUAAAGGAUAUGGCACUGAAGUUUUCAGGUGCAUACAAGCAAUGCAAACCCUGCACAGGGUCCAGUAGCUAUAAGAAAGAACAUAGGCCAUAUCCAGAUUUUGAUACUAUCUCAGAAGGGGUUCCAUACCCUUAUAUUGGAGGUGCAAGCUCAAGUUCAACACCUGCAUGGGACUUCACAACCUCUCACUACCCUGGUGGAAGAUCUGACCCUAGAUUUGCUGGGGCAUUUGGCGGUGACCGCACGCCGAGAGCACGUGACUCAACAUCAGUUUGUGAUGUAGUCUUAGAGGAUGAGGAUGAGCCUAAGGAGUGGAUGGCACAGGUGGAGCCAGGGGUUCACAUUACCUUUGUGUCUCUUCCUAAUGGAGGAAAUGAUCUUAAGAGAAUUCGCUUCAGCCGAGAGAUGUUUAAUAAAUGGCAAGCUCAAAGAUGGUGGGGUGAGAAUUACGACAGAAUCAUGGAACUUUACAACGUCCAGAGAUUUAAUAAACAAGCUCUUAACACUCCUUCAAGGUCUGAGGAUGAGCAAAGAGAUUCUUCUUACUCAAGAUUGACAUCUGCAAGGGAAAGCCCCAUGGCCUCAAACAAGGAUUGGACGCCGAGGAGUCAUUAUAAGCCCUCAGGGAGCAGAGGAUAUUACCCGUCUGAACCGUUGGAUCACGGUGGAGGUGGUGGCCAAUACCAUGCAGGGCCAUCUAUGGAACCAGCAAGGGAUACCACUGCUUCUAGAGAUGAGCCUUCUAUCAGCAAUGCCAGUGAAAUGGAGACAGAAUGGGUAGAACAAGACGAGCCAGGAGUUUACAUUACAAUCAGGCAGUUAGCUGAUGGAACAAGAGAGCUUAGACGUGUCAGAUUCAGCCGGGAAAGAUUUGGGGAGGUGAAUGCAAAAACUUGGUGGGAAGAGAACAGAGAGAGAAUACAAGCUCAAUAUCUUUGAACUUUGAAGUCACAUUUUCCUAACAAAAAGUGGAUCUCCUAAACUGGUGGAAUCCCCAAAAUUUUGUUUCCUAGAGAAUGUAAUGGUAUGACUCCAGAUUAUGGAGUGGAGUCAGUUCCUAUACAGAAAAGAAAACUUGACUUUUCCCACCAUCGGUUAUGGUCUCUGGUGUUAAAUUGACAGUCACAUACAAGAUAGUGUGCAAAUCAGGGAUUUAGUAGUUUUGUGGUGACACUCCAUUUUUGCCAAGGAUCAGUCGCCAUUGGAUUGGGAGGUCUAAUCUUUAUAAUUGCAUAUCAUCACAUAUAUAUUUUUUAUCCUCCUAA